AUGGCAGACAGCGAAAGCCCUUUGCUAAAAGCCUUACCCCCGGAGACUGACUACAUAACAUACCUUACCAUCAUUGAGUACAAUCUUACGCAGGAAAACCUGCCAAUACUCCACAAGGUUCUGCAGGAUGAGAAGUUAACCACCAACAUUGGCUGGGAUCUGGUUCACCUGCUCGUCCCAUUCUUACCGGAGUCAGAACAGUGUCUCCAAGAUAUUGCACGGCUCGGCAACCCACGAGAAGUCAUAUUGAAGGUUACAGAGAGUCUACGGCUGAUCGAGUACGAGCUACCUGACGAUGAUGAGACCGUGAAUCGCAUUGCGAAUGCUUUAGGUGAUGCUUCUGAUUCUCGAGCCAGAGCAGAGUCAACGACGUACCCCACCAAGACAGCAGCAACCACAGAAGGCGAGAAGCAGCCAGGAAGCUCGCAGAUGGUCGAAAUUCCGCCACCACUGCCAUUAGCUGUCAAUCAAUUCGUCGCUUUGCUAUCAAUGCUUGCAACCUUACACCCUAGAAUCAAGACGAAAUAUCCCAGUCGUUUUCUCAGUACCACUCUGCAGGCAAUCUUGGCAAGCCUUUCCAAUACCGUGUCACAUCGCGAGGAGAUGGUGCUCGCAGUCAUCAAGAUGACGAAGUCGUUCACUGGUGUGCAAAGGCCUAUGUUACCAUCUCGCAAGAGUAGUGGCAUGGUCAGGCUGAGUACAAGAGCGUCUGCACGGUCAGCUCCGGAUCCUGAAGCUUCAACAACCGGAGAGGUAGCACCGGAGGAGAGUGCAAUGCAGCGGAAGCUUCUACAAUCAUUCGUCACCCACGUCAUCGAGGAAUACAUGCUCAUCCUGACAUCCGAGAGCGAGGAUAUACCUGGCAUGGCAUGGUGCAGUCGCAUCAUGGAGAAGUGCCAGCCAGAGCGGACCAUACCAGGAGCACCUACAAUGGCCGAUCGUUUCCAGAGCGACGAGAAGCUGCAUGGACGGGUAGACGUAAUCGGACAGCUUGCGACGCUGGCACAGGAUCUGAAGCUCGAUGACGAGGUACUACUACAAACCAUUUCAGCGGUCGAGAAAACCAAAGUAGGGAGUGGUCAAGAAGAAGACGACCCACCAAACUCGGCAGACGACAUCCCGUUAUCUCGAGUUGGAUCUCUGUUCCUACUUGCAGCACGGCAGGUAUCCGGCGUCCUGUACGAACCCUCCUCGAAAGUCUCUUCUUCGGGAGUACACGUGUCCGAUUUCGACGUUUUCCCAGAUCAUCAAGAAGUCCUCAAACAUUGCCUAUCCACCCCUGCACAAGGCACAGGCACGCUAGGCACGGAGCCAGAAGCGCUCAUUGACGCCACAUUAGCCCUGGGCCUGAUUUGCCUUGAACACGAUGCCAUUGGCGAGCCAAAGACGGAUGAGCAGUUCACCGAAUAUCUGCAAGUGAUAGCACUACUAUCGUCCAACUGCCCUAGCCCUAAUUUAAGAGGUCACGCACAUUACCUCACAAGUACGGUGCUACGCUCUCAGCCAGAUGAUAAAGUGCGACUAGCGUUCAUCAGGGAUACGCUUGAGCAUUGUCCAUUCGAGAAUCUCAAAGUGAGCGCGGUGGGCUGGAUCAAGGGCGAGACAAUCGAGGCAAACCCGCCAGCGCCAAUCGCUGGUCACACUGGUCAUGCCGAGACUGGUACCACGACUUCAGUCUUUGCCACACCGCUAGCACUUGAUAGUCUAGCGCCCUAUCUGUUUCCUUCUCUCGAAGCAGAUUUGCUGAGAGCUCCUGUUGCCGACGCUUGGCAGACGUUACAGUUGAACCUAUCAUUCUACCUCACAGCUCUAAACUUCUUGUUCCUGCUGCUUAGCGCUAGACAUCUACAUCGUGGACUGGAGAUCGCAGACAUGUGGAGAGAUAAUGAUGUUGCUGGGAGCUUCUUGCAGCCGUUGAGAGAUGCGGAGAAGCGGUUCAGCAAAGGCAUAGAUGAGGGUGGUGAGCUAGCGGAAGAGAGGACGAAUGGCGUUGUGGCGGAGUUGUUGCUGCUGAACGAGACAAUGGACAGGGUUACGAAAGCUGUACGGUAUUUGAAUGGGUUAUGA